UGGCCUCGCCGUCGACCAUUUCUUAACAGCACUGCGGCCAUGAAUUUUCUCCGCGGCAGCCGUCGCCACAAAAACAUAGUGUAAUGUCUUCGCCGACGUCCGCACCCACCGCAGGAACAACAACAAGCAGAGAAGCGUUUUGACUUUUUCCGACGCAAACGACGAGAUAACAGGCGGCAACAUGUCGCACCUGCACUCCUUCGAGAGCAUCGCCAACCUGAUGCACGACCUGGAGAUGGAGCGCCUCAAGCGGCCCAAGCGGCCGCACCUGCAGCAGUGCGCGUGGUUCGAGAAGCCACCCGUCGUCUUCUCUUUCAGCCACCCCCAUGUCAUGUCCCGGCUGGAGCGGCUCAUGGGCACCAACGUGGUGCGCAUCACGGACCGGAAGUACAUGCUGGAGCUGCAGCGACGCAUCCGGGAGGACCACAUCCGCAGCGUCCGGGAGCGGAUCCGCGCCAGGGAGGUGGACGAGCUGGAGCGCGAGAAGAAGCUCAUCCUGGACGGCCGCAUGUCUCUGGACGAGGCGCCGCGAGAGCUCGUGGACCACCCCGUCUUCCAGAUCUCACAGUUCAUUAAGCAAAUUCUCCUCGGAGGCAAGAUGGCCUCCAAUGUGUCGCGGAGCACGUCGUCGAGGGCCGCGCUGUCGCUGUCGCGCAGCUGCCUGGAGGAGGGCGCCGACCGCUCGCUCGCCACCCCGACCACGCUGGCGGCCGCGGCCAGCCGGCCCAGCUCCACCAACGUGUCGUCCAGGACGGGCACCCCGAGGACCAGCACGCCGAGGGACGCCUCUCCGAGGGACGAGUCCCCAAGAGGCUCCAAGGACGCCGAGGACGACGUGGAGACGCUGUCGGGCAUGUCGGCGUGCGACGCCGACGAGGACCUGGACCGCCAGGCCGACAUCGAGCGCGGCUACAUGUUCACGCAGGAGGACUUCGAUCGCAUCAAGUUCGAGGCAGAGAGCGUCAAGAAGAUGUGGGAGCUGGAGACGGUGGACGAGCUCUACGCCCUGGCGGAGUCCAUCGUCAGGGAGAUGGUGGCGCAGGACGCCGCCCCCGCUGCCGCCCCCGCCGCCGCCCCCGCCGAGGAUCGAACCGCGUCCGAGCCGAGCGGCUAA